CGCGAGCUGUUAUUUCGGCUGCCAAACCACGUGGAUUUUUACUUAUUCCCAAUUUUGAUUUAAGAACGAGAAAAUUUAACAGUUGCUUAACACCCGUGAAAUGUCGUUUUUCAUUCGUAAAAAUCAACGCGGAGCCAAACGUAGUAAUGGUGCAACCGUCACUGGCAGACCCAAAACGUACAAGGAAAAAAAGCGUUUGGCCCACGACGACGAAAUAUCUAGCCAUUCGGAAGGAGAAAACGAUGAUUCCAGAGUCUAUACAGAAUCGGAAGAAGAUGAAGAAACUGUACAAGAAAAAAGGCUAAGGCUCACGAAAGAGUACAUACAAGAAAUUGAAAACCAAGAACGCAUAAGAAGAGAAGAGCAUGACAUUGACAAAUCUGUAAUUGCACAUAGACUGAAAGAGGACUUGCUUGAACAGAGUGGCAGACUAAGAAGAACAGUUGCAGAUUCAUAUGAAAAGGUCAAUGAAGCUUUGAUAAGGCAUUUGCACUGCAAAGAUCACAAACAACCUAUUACUUGUUUGACGAUAUCACCUGAUUGCCAAUCUCUGUUCACGGCCUCAAAAGAUUGCACCAUUGUUAAGUGGUGUCUUGUAGAUUUCAAAAAGGUAGCCGUUAUCAAAAGGGUUGAUAAGAAAACUUCCUCUGAAGUGAAAGGCCAUAAGUCUGUGGUGCAAAGUCUUAGUAUUUCGUCUGAUGGAAAAUUUCUGGCAAGUGGUGAUCUAGACAAUCAGAUUCAUAUUUGGGAUUCAAUAACAAUGAAAUGGAUGCACACAUUUAGAGGACAUAGAGACGGCAUCACUGGCUUAGUUUUUCGUCGCGGCACCCAUACGUUGUACAGUGCUUCAAUGGACCGUACUGUGAAAAUUUGGAAUUUGGAUGAAAUGUCCUACGUAGAGACGCUAUUAGGUCACCAAGAUGCCAUCACGUCCAUCGAUGCCUUAAACAAAGAACGAGCGAUUACGGCAGGAGGACGAGAUAACUCUUUGCGUGUAUGGAAAAUUCCCGAAGAGUCGCAGCUCAUUUUUAAUGGACAUCAAGGAUCAAUUGACUGCGUCCGUCUUAUCAACGAAGAUCACUUCGUCAGCUGUGGAGAUGACGGUAUGCUGUCGCUAUGGGGCUCACAAAAGAAAAAACCACUUUGUAGUGUAUCCGUCGCGCAUGGAGUGGACGCGUCGAAUAACCAAGCCUUUUGGAUUUCCUCAGUAGCUGCGUUAACGAAUACAGACCUUAUUGCUUCAGCAGGAUCACAAGACGGUUUUAUUCGUCUAUGGAAGUGUGGCGAGAACUUCCGCUCUCUAACACCUCUAUUUAGCGUUCCGGUUUGCGGAUUCGUUAACUCCCUGGCAUUUUCCUCAGAUGGGAAGAUGUUGAUUGCCGGUCUCGGUCAAGAACAUAGACUAGGCAGGUGGUGGCGGAAUGGAUCGGCCAAAAACGAAAUUGUCAUCAUUCCGCUCAAGCAACGUGAGACAUCAUGACCUCCUCUGUGAGUGAAUACAAAAUUUCUUGAAUUCAG